UGUAUCUCCACUCAAAACUCCUUUCCUCUGUAUCCGCUUCCCUCUUCUCUCACCAGAAUCCGAGAGAGAGAGUGAGUGAGUCUAUACUGUGACCAUACAAAAAAAAAGAAAAGAAAAGAAAAUGCAGACCAAGAAGCUCUUUUUCUCCAUAGUCUCUUUUCUUCUCUAUGCUCCAUUGCUCUUAUCUUCACCAGUUCCAGACCCAGAAGCUGUUGUCGAUGAAGUCCACAGGAGCAUUAAUGCGUCGGUUGCAGGAAGAAGGAAGUUAGGUUACCUCUCAUGUUCCACUGGUAACCCAAUCGACGAUUGCUGGCGAUGCGACCCACACUGGGAGAAAAACCGACAGCAUCUCGCCGACUGUGCCAUCGGGUUCGGCAAGAACGCAAUCGGCGGCCGAGACGGUCGGAUCUACGUGGUCACAGACUCAGGCAACGACGACCCAGUGAACCCAAGACCCGGAACCUUGAGACACGCCGUGGUUCAAGACGAGCCGCUCUGGAUCAUCUUCCAGCGAGACAUGACGAUUCGUCUGAAAGAAGAGCUGAUCAUGAACUCUUUCAAGACCAUCGAUGGCCGUGGAGCGUCCGUACACAUCUCAGGUGGGCCUUGUAUCACGAUCCAGUACGUGACCAACAUCAUCAUCCACGGGAUUCACAUCCACGACUGCAAGCAAGGAGGGAACGCUAUGGUGCGGAGCUCCCCACGGCAUUACGGGUGGAGAACGAUAUCGGACGGUGACGGUGUCUCCAUCUUUGGAGGGAGUCAUGUUUGGGUUGACCAUUGCUCGCUUUCCAACUGUGAAGACGGGCUUAUUGAUGCUAUAAUGGGCUCGACGGCGAUUACUCUGUCUAACAAUUACAUGACGCAUCACGAUAAGGUCAUGUUGCUUGGUCAUAGUGACACUUACACUCAUGACAAGACUAUGCAAGUCACUAUAGCUUUUAACCAUUUUGGUGAAGGCCUUGUUCAAAGAAUGCCCAGGUGUAGACAUGGAUACUUCCAUGUGGUGAACAAUGACUAUACACAUUGGGAGAUGUAUGCGAUUGGAGGAAGUGCUAAUCCUACAAUCAAUAGUCAAGGGAACAGAUUUGUGGCCCCAAACAUCAGAUUUAGCAAAGAAGUGACUAAACACGAGGACGCGCCUGAGAGCGAGUGGAAGAGCUGGAACUGGAGGUCUUCUGGUGAUUUGUUGCUUAAUGGUGCGUUUUUUACGCCGUCUGGUGGUGCUGCCUCGUCUAGCUAUGCCAAAGCCUCGAGUCUUGGUGCUAAACCGUCUUCUCUUGUUGGACCAUUGACGUUGGGUUCUGGUGCACUGAAUUGCCGUAAGGGUUCUCGUUGCUGAUUGGUGGGGUUGGCCUUUAGUGGUCACUUAAGUUUUUAGUUUUUUUUCCCAACUAAAAAAAAUUAUAUAGAAAUGGCAAUUAAAGCCACCAAUUAAGGGGUUUGGGUUAAGUAAUACUUUCUUUACCCCCUUGAUUUACUCUCCUUAUUUUUUUUCUUUUUCGGGGUUGAAUUAAGGAGAAUACAACCUCUGGCUUGCUUUCUCUUAGGACCCUUCUAAGGAUUCUCUGUUUUAAGGAAUCUUUCUUUAGGUCAAGUGUAGCAACAAGUGCAGAUGUGUUGAUCUUUGAUAUUAAUAUAAUAUAAAUUUAUGU